AUGACCGGCCUGGCUGCCCUAUUGCGUCCGAACCGAAUUAAGAGUUUCUUCAGGCCGUCAUCUGUCUGCAGUUUUAAGAAAUUUUUUCGACCAUCAAGCGGACAGAUGGAUGAGUUGAAAUCAAAUCCAUUUUAUUCAAAAUAUGCUGCUAAAUUAGAUGAAAUAAAAAGAACAAGACCCAAGGAAUUUCAGCAAAAAGUUGAGGAAUUGAUCAAGCAGAAAAAUUUGUCAUCAUGCAAAGAUUGUGCAGGUCCCAACACCAACAGCGAAGAAAAUGUAUCCAGUGACAUUCAAAAAUUGAAGUUAGAAUCAGUUAUGAACAUGAGUCUGAUAGAGAACAAAACAACAGAUGAAAUAAUUGAGACAGCAGAACCCAUUACGGAAAAAUUCCUUCGACUAAAAGCCAAGUUUGUCUCAAGUGCUAACAGUAAGCCUAAAUUGUCAGAGCACAAUCAAUUGAAGGAAAAUGCCCAGACGUGCCUGUCCGUUCAUCACUUCACUGAGUUGGCUCAAUCUAAAGGUCGUUUGUCUGCUUGA